GACCCGUCCGACAAGGGCCCCUCGGCGUUCGCCUUCUUCCAGCUGGCCCGCACUCCCGAUCACCAGAGCGCCUUCUUCGUGAUUGAGAACCAGUGUUUCGCGGUCCGCCAGGGCCUCACCGCGGUCGUGGACGCCGCCAAAGUUGCCCACGGGAUGUGGGCCCCGCGCGAUUGCCAGUGGCCUUUCAUUGGCUGCGCUUUUGUGCGCAAGCAGUGA